CCCUGUAGAGCUCCAACAGGCAGGGAGCAGUGGAGAGCUCACACAAGACUAUGUUGUUGCUGAGUGUAUGACCAAGUUCAUCCCUGUCCAGGACAAUUUCGACUUUCAGAGGUUCUCCGGUUCAUGGCACACAAUUGCCAAGACACAGCACAUCUGGGGGAAUCAGUCGUGGGCGUCGGAGCUGCGGGACUUCCAUGUCAGCCCAGAUGGCCGCCUUAUGUGUUACUACAGGGGAUACACAAAGAUGUUCAUGGCUGCCGCCCCACAGAGUUCAUACAACUGACGGACACGUCGACACCCGGACACUUCACCUACGUUUUCCGGAAUAUGGAAGCGACUUUGAAGGUCAUCUACACAGACUACACUAAUGCAGUGGUUUACUGGUGCCUGGGAACGAAACCUGAUGGCACCUGUGAGGACAACAAGAUACAGGUGGAGAUAAUAUCGAAAAACUUGCGAGUUGAUCGUGAAACUCGGACACAGAUGGAAACCUACAUCCGACAUGGAUGCGUCCGCCUUCAUGACAUGCAGGACAGUGACCUUGACCUGUGUCAGAUCCCAAGCUCCAUCAGUCAAGCUGCCUUGGCUGGCAGAAUCUCGGCAGACUACAUCAAGGUGCAGUGCAUGGACGAGUUCAUCAACGCCCAGCGGAACUUUGACAUGAAUAGGUUCAGCGGAGACUGGUACACAGUUGCCACGACCCGCUUCAUCUGGGGUGGCAGCACCUGGGACAACUUCCGCAGGCGGAUACAGAUCCUGGAUGACGGCUCCAACGUCAUGGCCUACACCGGAUACAGGACUUAUGGGGCAUCGUGUGCACGAGCUACUUCAGUGGAGCUAACGCAACGUGGUCAACCUGGACAUUUUGUCUUCUUCGAUGGAGAGAAAGAAGUGACAAUGCGGGUCGUGUACACAGACUAUGAGGUAGCGGUUCUGUACACGUGCUAUGGCAUCGGGGCUGACGGCAUAUGUCUGCGCAACAAGCUGAUUGUGGAGGUGUUGUCUCGGGAGAAGGGGAUCGAGGACGCCACCCUGACCAGCAUGUACUUCUACGUCUCCAACCUUUGCGUGGAGAUCGACGACCUGGCCGUUUCCAACUAUGAUCUGUGCGAGGCCCCGGAGGUUGACGAAGACUCGAUCCAGCGGAAGGUCUGCACCUUCGACGACAUCCCUCUCACUCGGCACUUCGUCUUCCUGCAGAUGGUAGGCCUGUGGUACGAGGUGGCGCGGACUCGCUUCACCUUCAAUAAGAUGGAAUCCAGUGUGUUGUUCUACAGGUAUCAAAAUGGUCACCUUGACGGCCUCUACACCGGCAGCAUGAAGGGCUUCUGCCAGGACCCUCUGUCCAGUCUGACUAAACUCCACUCAAGGAAUGAGCCUGAUGCUUAUCUUCUCGGACGCCUCGGUGGGAAAGACAGUGUCUACCCCUGGUUCAGCUUCAAGAUCAUCCACUUCGAUGGCCAGUACCUCAUGUACUACGCCUGCUACACCACCAGCGACGACGGGACGUGUCCACGAGACAAGAUGGAGGUCACACUUCUCGGGCGUGAACAGGGUCUCAGUGAUGAGAUCAAAUCUAAGAUCCCGGAUCUCAUGAGAGGCGUAUGUCUCAAGCCAGCCGACCUUGUCACAUCCAAGGCUAGUGUGGACUGCACCAGCUACCUGUUUCCCGACUCCCACAAAUCCCCAGCAGGCUGAUGACGUAAACAAGAAGUGCUCUCUCUUGGCGGAGAUGGCCGUUGCUGAGGAUAUUGAAGACAGAACUUUGGUGGGGAAGUGGCACAGUGCUGUUGACAUUGGCUUCGGCAUGGGAGGAAAGUCCC